AUGACUCAGACCAUUGUACUUCCUGACGGAUACUUCAUUGGCCGCAAGGGCAAGAUACUGCCCAUCGGCACCGACCAGUACGCCGUCUACGGUGUACGCUGCGGAAGGCACGGCACGCAUGUUGUCUCUACUCGUGCGGAGAUGCUAUCUGAGACCUCUGGAUUCUCCGGCGCGGUCGGACGCGGAUUCGAUACCGUCAAGGAGGCGCAGGAUUGGUGUGAUGAGCACAUUCUCGCGGUAAACCCGCGCCGCAUUGCCGACCUUCGCACGGAGGCCGACGCGCUUGCUUCCGAGUUGCAGAGUGCCCAGUCUCGCAUGUAG